ACGCUUCAUUCCAAUAAAGCCGCUCAAACAAGGCGCACGAGCUGGGCCACGCUUGUGUGCGAACUCUGCGGCUGCGCUUUAAAGCAGAUUGUAGGCUAACUGCUACAGCGCCCCGUUGUUCUCGCUGAGGAUGUUGGCUACAAAAGGAGGCAGCCAGUGGCGCACAAGUCCCGCCUGUAUUUCCCUCUGGAGGAGUCUCGGUAUCGGCGCCCCCGACUGGGGAUUGGAGCGGCGACUUGUCAGUAAAUUAGCCCACCCUUCACAGUGUUUGUGAGGGAAACCGAGACAGUGACGGUCUGAUCCCUCGCUUAUCAGCUGCCUGUCACACCAGCACGCUAAGAUACCGACCCGCAGCCAUCCGCCGCGCUGUGACACCUGGCCGGUAUGGAGGGAGAGAUGCAGCCCGCAGAUGAAGGGCCGUGCGCCCCGAAGAUGUGCCGACAGCAGCGGGGUCCGUACAGCACCCUAAAAACCUUCCAGAGCAAGCGCUCUGCGGGCAAGUCGCGCUUUGACCGGUCCGCUGUGGUCGAGAUGCCCCUGUUUGGAGACGGGCAUCAUUUCACUUUUCACCCCGAACAGCCUCAUCCUUUCCAGCCGCACCAUCAUCAGCAACAGCGUCUGCAGCAGCAGCAGCUCCACCAAACCGGCGUUUCUAUCAGCAGCAGCCAGCAGCAUCACCGGACGACUCAGCAGCAGCAGCAACGUUUCCCAUGUGAGACCAGGCCCAGCAGCAGGGUUCCGACAUCCACCUCAGCGGCAGCAUCUCUCGGUAGCCAGCAGCGGCACGCCAGCAGCGGCGGAGCAGAGCCCAGAUUUUCUCCGGACUGCACCUACGGUAUCAGCACAGAGAACCGUCUCAUCUUAGAUGCCUUCGCCCAGCAGUGCAGCCGAGUCCUCAGCCUCCUCAACAACGGGCGUCUCCUGGAGCCCUCCUCCUCCUCCGCCUCCUCCAUCACCUCUAACAUUAAGCUGGAAGACGGGCCAGGGGACACUCAGGGGCUUCAUUGCUCCUCACAGGGGAAGUCUAAAUCCGAGGAGAGCUCUUCCACCACAGACCCUGAGGAGGAGGCUCAACAAAGCCAUUUGAACCAACAACAGACCUCUGCAGUUCUCCGCAUCUUCACAGACUCCCUGCAGAACUAUCUGCUCUCAGGACCUCAACAACAGCACCAACAGCAGCAACAUCUGUCUGCUAGUCUGGAGGACGAGCAGUGCCCGGCACCUGAGUCUGGUUCAGGAGUGUCUCCUCCAAGACACAACCUGGGAGGAUGGGGCUCCCCGACUCCAUCAGAAUCAUACGGCCACCCCUCGUCCACACUGCCUGAGGAGGAGGAGGAGGAGGAGAACUGCUGUCCUCGCUGCCUGGAAUUAGAGCAGGAGGUGUUGUCUCUGCAGCAGGAGAACGAGGAGCUCCGCAACAAGUUGGAGAACAUCCCAGUUCCCUGUCAAAAUGUUCUUGACUACUUCAAGACUGUUCUCGAGUUCCACAACCAGCUGGCCCAGCCGAUGCCAGAGGAGCAGCUCACAGAGGUGAGGAAGCAGCCCCCUCUUCAUUAUUCAGAGCAGAUGUCAUCAGUAGCAUAUCUUAAGGAAGAAGAGCGGCAAACAGUCUUUGAGGGCAGUAAACAGCUCCUGGAGAACUAUCCACUCUUCAUCACCAAUAAGCAGUGGGACGAAGCUGUCAACUCCUCUAAGAAAGAUGGCAGACGGCUGCUGCGCUAUCUGAUUCGCUAUGUCUUCACCACAGAUGAGCUCAAGUUCUCCUGUGGUUUAGGCAAAAGGAAGCGGUCAGUCCACUCAGGAGAGGCAGGCCUGGAAAGACGACCGCUCAACCCUGUUAAAGUCAGCUGCCUCAGAGAGUUUAUCCGGAUGCACUGUGCUUCAAACCCAGACUGGUGGAUGCCCUCUGAGGAGCAGAUCAACAAAGUGUUCAGCGAUGCCGUCGGUCACGCUCGUCAGGGCCGAGCAGUCGGCACCUUUUUGGGCAGCAGCGGCAGCAGCACCAGCAGCCUGUACAUGGACGGCUUUGACGGACAUCUUUCACAGGAUGAACUGUAUUUAAAAAGCUGCCAGAACGGUCAGUCGGAUUGAAGUUUAAGGAGAAGUUAAAGACAAAUGCCUGAAAUGUAGCUGUACAACAACAUAUCCCAGAACUCUGACCUUAUCCUGUCACUUUACACAGUGAAGAAAACAUUCCAGAAGACGUUUAACAUAUAGACUUUAUAUGUCUAACGUUUAACAUAUAGACUACAGUCCUCCUUUUCAAAUAGUUUUAUAGUUUUCCCCAUUUUUAUACCUAAACCCUUUGUUUAGUGAAAAUUGGACUCUUGGAGGUUUUAAAUUGAACAGGUUGAGUCUUCCAUAUGCUCCUUUUUUAAAGUUUGAGCAGUUACAUCACUGCCAGUGGAAAGAAGUCACUUCAAGGAGGCUGAUUUAUUUUUCUUUUCUUUGUUUUUACUUGUUUUUUUACAAUCUACAUGUGCAUUUAGAGUUCAUAUGGAAGUUAUUUAUGUUAAUGACCCAGUUAGAGACUUGUAUGUAUGUACCAUUGACACCACUUAUAAACUUUACCAUGGAAAGUAGCACUUAAUAUAUAUUUUUUGUCACUGGUGAAGCACCUUUACUUGCAGCCCUUCAACAGGAGUGCCUCUGAGAAAAUCAUGUUUUGUUAUUUGUAGUUUUGCACUUUGAAUCUCUUUAUUUUUCCCUCAUUUAAUGGAAGGAAAAGUGCAUUUAAAAAGAGAAAAGUUUGUGAAAUGUCUUUGAAUCCAGCCUCCUUUGGCUGGAAAAUGUUUCAAUCAAUGCUGCGUUGCUCCUAAUCUUCAUGUUAGGAAGAAUAUCGCAAAUUAAUCAAAAGCACUAUAUUGGAAAUUGCUAAAAUGUAAAAAGUCAGUUUGGUUUUGACCCAAUUUCCAUUUUUGGCUUGUAAGAAUUCCUCACGUCUGCAAAGGACACAUGACAUUUCUUGUUUGAAUUACUGUGUGUAGCAGUGAUAUAAUACUGAUGUUUGUCCACAUAAUAAACAAAAAUUGCAGAUUUAAGGAAAAAAUGGAAGCCUGGGAAAUGUUAAUCAGGCUGUAUCUUUUUAUUUGAAUGUUUGCAUUUUUUACAUCAAUGUUUUUUUUCCUUUGCAUUCUGAAAAUUUGGAAUUCAGCUAAAAGAGAAUUUGCGGUAUUUCGCGAGCAUUCCCUUAUUACAGUGUUGCCGUACUCGAAGCAUUUCAUGUCGGCAUUGAUCAAGACAUCUGGUUUAAGGCAGCUGCCAUAUAAUAAUGCCUUAAACUCGUUUGGAGACCACCACAGUGUAAAGUGUUAAAGAUGUGUGUCAGAAAUCCUGUAAUGUGUUUCGUUUGUGUGUCGGUCUAAAGUUUCUUUAAACGUCAAUCCAAGUGGAAAAAAUGUGAUCACUUCAUCGUUUUCCUGCAACUUCUCCAAUUUGCACCUUUAAGUGUCUUACUGUAGGCAAGGCAAUCCUAAAGUGAGAAGUCCACGUGCAGGAUUCAACCACUUUUAUUCUUUUGUGCUUAUUUGACGCUCAUUGACUUCACCUCACGACACUGUUUUCUGCGUUUGAAUGUACCAGAUUUCUUAGGUCAGUCCGCCAAGUUGACAGUGCUGUGUAAAUGUGUAAUAUAAAGUACAGUUAUUGUGUGAGGUGUCUUUGAAAUACCACUUCUCCCUCUUUAAAAAGCCAAGUAGAAAAGUGCCACAGAAACCUUAAACCAGUCGGAUUCUGUUGUUGUGUUGCUGUUCUGAAUGUGAGCGUUGGUUUGUAUUUACUCCUUUACCCUCAAAGUGGCUGUUAUCAACACUGUGAAACAUCAGUUGGGUUUUUACAGAUAUAGUUUCUGUUGUUUUUUAUUUAUAAUAAAUAAAAUAAUACCUGAA